AUGGAUGAUGACGAUUACAAUGUUCUGUCUACUGGAUUCGCGGAAGACGACGGAGCUCUUCAGUAUCCGUACGUUAUUUGCAGAUGACGUGAAUUUUUGAAUAUCCUUCAUUCUAGUGAUGACGAUGGGGAGCCACUGGCCGUUGUGUCCGAAAAUCGGUUGGGAGAAGUGAGAAGUGCUCUGGAGGAAUCUGGAUUUAGUACGGGAAUUUUAUAAGAGAAAUCAGAAAAUAUUGUGAAUUUAGGCCGAAAACGACGUCUGGAAGAAAUUGAAGACGUUUAUGAUAGGCAAGGAAGACGAUCGCAUCCGAUGGGUUCGUUUAAUUUUGAAAAGCUAAAUUAUCACGGAAAUGUUGAAAAAGUCCAUUCUUCAGAUUGGCACAUGAGAAUGGAAACGAUGGGAAACGAAGUGGUCGAGAAAAAUCGGAUGAACGCGGCGAAACGCCGGGCUUUGGAGAGUUUGGAGCAGAAAAUUAACGAAGUGCCGGACGAGAGGAGUACAGUGGAAGGAGGUCACGAGGAAACAUUCGGAGUGCCGCAGGAGGAGACUAUCUAUUCGUUGUGCGAACAGGAACUCGGACGGAGAUUCAGCAGACGCAGAGUAAGCAUUACCGGAGAAAAUUAAUUACAAAUAGAAAUAGCAACAACUAAAAUACAAUUUGCAGCACCGAAUUUAGUCGCUGCUUUGAAUAGUUUACUCGCUGCUUUCAAUAUUUUAGUCGCUGAUUUUGACAACUUAGUCGCUGCUCUGGACAGUUUAAUCGCUGCUCCUGAUAAUUUACGCUCUGCUUUUGCUGCUCUUGAUAAACGGCCAUAUUGUUUCUUUCAGGAAAUCAUGACGAAUCCUCCUAUCGACGGCUCAGCGUGGAUCGGUCUCAGCGACUCAGUCAAAGGCCAACGCUUCUACAUUCGCACUUUCCGCGAGGAAACAUCGCCAGUUCCAUUCAUCGAAGCGAUCACCCAACAGGCGACUCAAUCCCGUGUCGGAUACCGUGCAUUCCAGACGAUUUGCCAAGAAGCCGAACGUAUUGGUAAGGCGAAAGAGGCGGCUCGAAUUAAGGAACAAGAGGAGGAUUUCGCUCGGAUGCUCGAUUUGCCAGUGCUCAAUGAUACUGUGGAAUCCGAAGAACCUACACAGACAACGGCGUCUUCACAUCCAGAAUCUUCUCUUUGGGUCAACAAAUACGAAGCCAGAAAUUUUACUGAUUUACUCUCAGAUAAUGUACGUUUUUCUUGCGAAAAUCCCUGUAAUCUUCCUACCUUUCAGUCAGUGAAUCGAAACAUUUUGACUUGGCUUAAAAUGUGGGACGAAUGUGUAUUCCGUCGAAAAGUCGACGAUCUGAUGGAGAGCUUGAGCGAAAAAGAACGCGAAGUUCUUCAGAUGGACCAUGGAAAAAUCCGAAGACCCUCUUCCAAAAUGAUUCUGCUCUCCGGACCCGCCGGCCUCGGAAAAAGUACACUGGCUCGAGUCGUGGCACGACAGGCGGGUUAUACGACGAUCGACGUGAAUGCGAGUGACGCUCGAUCCGUGGCCGACCUGAACAAAGUGCUCGAAGGUGCAGUGAAAACGAGUCGGACUCUGGACGCGGAUCAACGUCCUGCCUGUUUGAUUCUGGAUGAAAUCGACGGAACACCGAUCGAAACAAUCCGUCAUUUGAUUCGUGUCCUUCAGGCAACAGGCAAAAAGGCCGUUCGCAGACCGAUCAUUGGAAUUUGCAACAAUUUGUGA